GCACGCAGGUUUGUGUUGUAAAACAGGAAACGGUGAGAGGCGUUAGCAGCAGUUAGCCUGUUGGCUACCAGCACUGCGCACAGAAACGAAAUCAGAGCAUAGCGUUUAUCUGAAGAAGGGGAUAAAGAGUAUCGUUUGCCCGGUUGAUUGGUUUCAUCGGUGGGACCGACAUGUCAGAGACGUACGAUUUCCUGUUUAAGUUCCUGGUGAUUGGCAGCGCUGGGACUGGGAAAUCAUGCCUCCUUCACCAGUUCAUAGAAAACAAGUUCAAACAGGACUCCAACCACACCAUUGGCGUUGAGUUUGGCUCCAGGGUUGUUAACGUUGGCGGCAAAACGGUCAAAUUGCAGAUCUGGGACACAGCUGGGCAGGAGCGCUUUAGGUCGGUGACCCGCAGUUACUACCGUGGAGCAGCAGGGGCGCUUCUCGUGUAUGACAUCACAAGUCGGGAGACCUACAAUGCUCUGACUAACUGGCUGACGGACGCACGGACACUGGCCAGCCCCAACAUCGUCAUCAUCCUGUGUGGGAAUAAGAAGGAUCUGGAUGCGGACCGUGAGGUCACCUUCCUAGAGGCGUCUCGUUUUGCCCAGGAGAACGAGCUGAUGUUUUUGGAGACGAGUGCUUUAACCGGGGAGAACGUAGAGGAAGCCUUUCUCAAAUGUGCUCGUACCAUCCUCAAUAAGAUUGAGACGGGUAAGUGA